AUGUUGACUGCACAAAAGUUGCAAAUGCCGCCCGUUAUGAAUAAAAGGCCACUCGAUGACCCCCUCGGAUCUGUCAUUAAGCGCAAUCCGGAGUUGUGCGGUAUUCUUCCAGCAAACCAGAAGCUAGCUUUUGUGGAUAUUGGUCUGGAUUCGAGUCCCCGACGCCGACUGAUCUUGAUUCGUGAAGCAGAUGGAACGCUUCGCCAUGCAACUGCGUCGGAGCGCGACCGUUUGAAUCAAAUUUUUUUCCCCUUGCCUGGUAGACGACUUCGUACUCCAAUGCUGUUUCGUGAUGGCAACCUUGAGGUGGCACUCCAGAAUGGGCUGCACGAGUAUGUUCUUGAUCUCCUCUUGAUCCAAUUUGAGCCCGAUAGUCCUGAUUACGUUCAGCUUAGUCACCGGGUCUAUGAUGACGCCGCUGGCAAGGUAUGGACACACUACAAAACCGUGCCCGAGAACCGCAACUUUGGUGAUGCUACUAUUGUGACUCAGCUUCGUUCGACGCGACACUACGGGCCAUUUGCACUUUAUGUAAUUUCGCGACUUCAGCAGCCAGCGUGUCUUGUACAGGAGGCUCUAUCUCAUCAAGCGCUUGACACAGUUUAUCGGCUACUUAUUCUAACCUGCAUUUUGCAUCCUGAAUCUAAUUUUGCCAAGCUCGUAACCGAGCAAGGAAUUCUUCCUCAAUGUUUAGAUUCGGACUUUCCUGUUCCGAAAUCUCCUGUGAUACUUGGCAUAGUUCGGACUUUUAUUGAAACAUGGCCAAUCGAACCUGAUCACAAGAACCAACUAGAUUUGAGCCUUAUCCAGUGUCAACAAUCCAGGAAGUUCAAGUCGCCAGUUAAUUCCCUUGUGAUGUCGAGUCUUGUGAAGGAAGUUAAAUUUUACACGUCGCUGGCCUAUGGGGCGCUGGCGUGGAGCCUGGGCUCGCGAUCUUGGUAUAACCGGAUCAAUGACAAAGUUGUGCUGGGGGCGCUUCCAAUUCUCUCCGCCUGGGAUAACAUCCAGGCCGAGGAAAAGAUCAGUCACGUCAUCAGUAUGGUUGAACCGUUUGAAAUUAAAGCCUUCGUCCUUGGGCCCAGGGAGGCUGCCGAGAAGGGCAUCAGUUACUUGUCACUUCCCGUGGAGGAUUUUGUUGGAGUUCCGACUAACGAUCAGGUGGACGCCGCCCUGGACUUCAUUGACUCGUGUCGUGAGCCCGGUAACAGCGUCUACAUCCACUGCAAAGCGGGUCGCACGCGUUCGGCAUUCAUUGUUGUCUGUUACUUCAUGUCGGCUUUUGAUCUCUCCCCAAAGGAGGCAGUAGCGUGGGUCCAGUCACGGCGGCCCAACGUGGUCUUCACCAGUGCUCAUUGGCAGGGUCUCACGAAUUACAGUAACCUUUUGAAGCAUAGAAGAAGACUACAAUGA